AUGAAUUAUGAAUAUCUACCGAAACCAAAAGCAAUAAAAAUAAAAAUUACUAGUUCUUAUAAUAAAAAUUUACUAAAAAAGUCUGUUAUUUUUUCAUGUUCAUGUGAAAAUAAAACUAUAAAACUUUGGGAAGAUUGUAAUAUUCAAGAAAAUAAUAAAGUUGAGUUUCCAAAAAUAAAACGAUAUCUUAGAGAAGUGGAUCUUACAAAUAUUGAAGAAGUUAACAUAUACUCAAUUGGUGAUGGAACAUCUUUUGAUAUUCUUAAUUGUUAUUUUAAAAACAAUACAACAAUAAAUUCAUUAGAGAUUUCCUCUCAUGAAUGCUCAUCAUUUUCAAGUUUCUCAAAUUUUAUUCAAAAAAUAAGAUUUAUUAAUACUUUAUCAUUUUCAAAAUUGUGUUUUUUAAAUCAGCCAAUUCCUUCAGAUUAUAUUUUACCAGUAAUCAAGAAAAUAAAAAAAUUAAAUAUUAUAGAAUGUAAAUGUACAAAUUUUGUUAAUUCAAAAAUGAUACAAAAUUUAUUCCUUCAAAAUGAAGAUCUUAAAGAAUUGUCUAUAUUUUCAAAAUGUAAUAACUUUAAAAAUGAAUUAAUUAAAGAAAUGAAAAAUAGGGAAAAUGUUUGUAAUGGUGAUAAGGAUAAACAUAACGAAUAUGUUCUAAUUUUAUCACAGACUAGUGAUUUCGAUUUUGAGAAAGAAUUUUCACAGUACUUCUCUGUUGACGUAUAUGAAAAUUACCAUUUAUCUAGUUCAUUUAAUGAUAUUAUUUGUGCUGCAAAAUUUUGUGAUGAAUGUAACUCACAUUCAACAAUUACUUUAUCAUACUCGAAAUCCUCAAUUUUGCCUAAUUGUUUUGUUGAUACUUUAUGUUGA